AUGGAUUAUUUGCAUUCUGUUUUCAGUUCGAAUGUCAAAUGCUCAGGAGGCUUCUAUCAGUCUUCCCCCUUUCAAUAUUUAAGUGUUCUUUUAUUUGCUUCUUUACUUUGUCUUCUUCAAUUGUUCUUCUUAAAUUUUAUUAUUCAGUUUUUCUUUUUUCCUUCUUUUCCUUCUUUUCCUUUCCUUCUUAAAUUAUUCUUUCUGUUUCCUACUUUUCUGUUCGCACUUCCAUUGUUAUGUCUUUUAUGUCAUUCCGUUCAAAUUUCAAUUGCUGUUUCGUUUAAUGGUUUCUUUUAUUCUUUAUUUGCUUACUUUUUCCUUCAUUUCUUCCAUACUUCAACAUUUCUCUGGUUUUCUUUUUACUUUCUUUUUCACUUCUCCUUGUUUUCUUUCAUUGCUUUCAUUUUCAAUUCGUCUUCGUUUUUCUUCUUUUCCCUUGCAUUCUUGAAUUCUUCUUUGUCUUUUUUCACUUUUCAAUUGGUUUUUGUUUCUUUCUCUCUUUUUCAUUCUUCAGUUGGUUUUUCGUUUCCUUAUUUUCUUAAUAUUAUUAUUAGUUAUGAUUUAACGUCUUUCUCUUUCAUUCUCCAAUUGUUGGUUUAUUUCUUUCUUUUCAUUCUUUCAUCAAUUGUAUAUUAUUUUUUCUUCUUUUCUGUUCGUUCUCCAAGUUUUCCUUCUUUUCUUUCAGUUUUCCAAUUUAUUCUUUUCUUUUAUUCUCCAAUAAUCCAUUCUUUUUGUUUCAUUCUUCAAAUGGUCUUUCCAUUUUUUUUCCCUUCAAUAUUUCAAUUUUUCUUUCUUUUCUUUAUUUCUUUUUCCUUCUCCAGUUGUUCUUUCCUUUCCUCUUUUUUACUUCCAUUCCUCAAUUUUUGCUUUACUAGUCGCCGAUAUCUUGAUAGUUUUUUAUCAUUUUACUCCUCCCAACUUUAUUCCUGUUAUUUCUUCUUGCAUUUCCUUUCAUGUUUCUUCACUUCUCUUCGUUAA